CUUCCAACGCAUCGCUUGUCUCACUUCCACAAAAUCGUGCCGUGCAAGUACAAACUAGACUUGUUGCUAUCGUGCCGUGCAAGUACAAACUACGCCUCAUCUCAUUUUAGGUCUUCCUACUUCCCUUUACUUCUCUCUCUUACUUCUUUCUCUCUUUCAUCCCUUAACCAUUCUGGCACUUAUCUCACGCUUAAUCCGCUAUUCACUAUAAUCUUGCAGGAGUUUCCGAAAAUGACAAUGAUAAUCUCUACAGCAAAACACAACUUUUUCUUCUUCACGUCCCUUCUACACAUCAGUUACUGCUUUUCUGAGCGAAAUACUGCUAAUGUCAACGGGUGGUCAUUAAUGUCGUCCCAUGAAAGUGGGGUACAUGACUACCACUAGAUAGAUUACGACUACCAACAAGUGCAGUAAGGUAGUUCUUUGCGAUAUUAAUGUUAAAUUUCAAGGUACAUGCUGUCUCCUGGUAACGGGUUCGGCUGUAAACAUCAACUUUCAGAGGACUGCGCUUAUGCCCACACGCCAGAAGAAAUGGACGUCGGCAUGAUGAAUGUCCAGAGCUCUUUUCCUGAUGAGGGUCAACAUCUUUGCCAACCGUAUCUAUUCGGGACAGGAAAACGACGAGGAAAGGCAACUAAAGAAACGGCGUUUGCUCUUGAAGAAACGAGUUGGCCUACUCUCGGAGGUGGUGAUAGUACUGCGACUUCCUUGAAGAUGCCAACUCCAGGUGAUUCUAGCCAGUAA